AUGGUGAUGGAGGGAGGAGGAAGAGGAGGGGGGAGAGGAAGGCUGAUGUGUGCUGAUCAGCAGCAGGUCUGAUGGUGAUGAUGAUGGUGAUGAUGAUGAUGAUGAUGAUGAUGAUGAUGAUGGUGAUGCUGUGAGUCAGAGAGCGGAGGGUUCAGGAUGCUCACAGCCGCUCCGGAGUAGACAAACCCCGCACACGGAGAGACCGAGGAGCCGCCGGAGGCGACACGCGUACAGCUCAUCUGUCCACAGCAGCAGGCGGACUCCAGCUCCCAGAAUGCCCGAGCAGAGUAACGACUACCGCGUGGUGGUGUUCGGCGCCGGCGGAGUGGGGAAGAGCUCGCUGGUCCUUCGGUUUGUCAAAGGCACCUUCAGAGACACCUACAUCCCCACCGUGGAGGACACAUACAGACAGGUGAUCAGCUGUGAUAAGAGCGUCUGCACGCUGCUGCAGAUCACCGACACAACAGGAAGUCACCAGUUUCCCGCCAUGCAGCGCCUCUCCAUCUCCAAAGGCCACGCCUUCAUCCUGGUGUUCUCCAUCACCAGCCGCCAGUCGCUGGAGGAGCUCAAACCCAUCUACCAGCAGGUCCUGGCCAUCAAAGGCACGGUGGAGUCCAUUCCCAUCAUGCUCGUGGGCAACAAAAGCGACGAGACGGCGCAACGCGAGGUGGAGACGAAGGAGGGCGAGGCUCAGGCCGCCGCCUGGAAGUGUGCUUUCAUGGAGACGUCGGCCAAGACGAACUCCAACGUGAAGGAACUGUUCCAGGAGCUGCUGUCGCUGGAGAAGAAGCGGGACAUGAGCCUGAGCAUCGACGGCAAGCGCUCGGGGAAACAGAAACGAGCCGACAAGCUGAAGGGCAAGUGCAGCAUCAUGUAGCGCGAGCGGCAGCGAGAGACGUGGAAACAGCAGGAUGAUGGACCCCUGCAGACUCCCCCUCCCAACGUUCGUAGCUCUGCAUCCCGGAGGACAGCUCUUCUUCUCUGGUGGCUCUUGUCCUCCGUCUGUGUGAACACCAGAGCCCAGAGGAACAAAACCACGAGACCCACUAAUGACGACUUUAUUUAUACCAGGGCCCCGGGCUCCUCCUGGCCCUGAACUGGAUUGUGUUUGUAGCCCCAAAAACCAUAUUCAGACCCAUCUAACUGCCGCCACCAGGAAGCACCGCAGUGCUGUAAUAAUAAAGGAAUACUCCGCAGGUUUUCCUGAAUUCAGAGAAAUGUCCUAAAAAAGUGUGAAAUGUUCUGAAAUCCAACAAAGUCCUGAAAUCCUAAAUAUGUCCUAAAGCCAAGAAACGUCUUUAAGUCCUAGAAACAUGUAUGGGGCUGCUGCGACUGGCCCCCGGCCUCCUGCCAUCUUGCAAAAGUGCCCCCCAGCGAGUUGAGUAUCCUGGAUCAGAGGAUUAAAACGUGUGGACAGACAAAGUUCAUUCUUCUGAUCCUCGUCGAGCCGCGUGUAUUUCAGCCGUUUCUACAAUACCGGAGAUUCAUAAAAGCGCUGAGACGUAGUUCAGGUUCUGCAUCGGUCAGAAAAUGAGACUCAGACAGACAGUUUCAGACACUCUGAAAUGAAACUUUGCAGUUUUUCAACCAGCUCUGUGUCAUCACAGUGGAAUCAGAUAAGCAGCGUUUGCCUAAAGUUUUUGGCUGACGUAGAAGCCAAAAAUGAUUCAACUUAAAAUCUGAGAGCCGACCUGAAAGCUGAUUAUUAACGUGAUUUCAGCGGUUUAUGGAGCGCUGAUGAUUAUCGAGCGGCUGCAGAUGAGGCUGAAACUCAGUGCAGCGGUCCUUUAUUUAACAGACCAGUGACAUUUCCAUCAUGGUUCUGCUCUCUGUGGCUGUGAGCGUAGAUAACAGGAUGUUUCCUGCACCGAGUCGGCUCUGCUUCCUGCCGUCAUUAGACGAAACGCCUACAUACGAGCUAACGGCCUUUAGCCUCCACAUGAGCGCGGUGCGGGUGGUCUGAUGAGUCGACGCCUGCAGAGGAAACAGCAGGAAAUCUCAAAAAGGCCUCUGUGGUUUCCGUGAGCCGAGCCGGCCUUUCGUCCUGUUUCCGUCAGACUCGGCGUCGUUCGGCAUCGUUAGCGUUAACGAAUCGCUGCUGAUGGAGCAGCUGUAUGAACUGUACAUAGAAUUUAAAGGAACAGUGCAACACUCUGGAAACCAUCGCCACAGUCGCAUGUUUCAGAUCAUUUCAUCGCCUCUGCAGACUCCAACCAAACACGGAUUCCCGGAUGUCGGACUGUUCCUUUAACUCAGCAGGAGCGGCGGCUGUGAUUUGUGCGAGCAGCUUCUGUGUAUUUCAGAUGCCUUUCCUGCCACUUUACUUGACAGUUUGUUAUAUUCUCCGUACAUAAGUGAGCUUAAAACUUUGCAAAGCACAAACACAACAAACUGGAGUCAGAGAACCGGAAAGCACACGCUCAUCCUGACAUGCGUGUUCUUUUUUCGUCGUCAGCGAGUCCGUGCUGAUCACAUUUUAUGCACAGAUAGAAAAUGUGAUUCUGUUGACUGUAAAAAGCUUUUUGUCUUGUUUUCCUCCACGUUACGUCAUUCAGCUUCAGCAAUAUUAAGAAUAGCUGCACUUUGUAGUAUGUAGGGACGGAAAUAAAGAACUUUUAAAGUUUCAGUUUAAAAAUUGUAACCUGGACUUGAUGUAGCUCAUUUUUGUUAAGUGUGAGAGUCAAAGGACCUCCGAGCUUUGUUGUGCUUUUUUUCCAGAAGUUUUUGACCACAGAGAUUAGACCAAAUGCCUAAAUGCCCAAAUGCCUCUUAUGUCUUACACAAAAAUCAACAUUGGUUUCUUUUCACCACAAACUCUCAUUUGUGUUCCCAAAUGUACUCAUCCACAGUUUUUGUCAUGGUCGUGUAUGCUUUCGUGCCAUUCUGAUGAUAGAUUUUCUCUGUCAAAGAACAUUUUUUUGCCAUAU